AUGAAUCAUGGUAUAGUAUCCCUAACCAGUUGUGACACAUCCGACAGUCAGAUUGUGCUCUGUCGUUCUACAAUGAUAUCUCCACCAGCGGAUUUCGAGAAUGGACAUCCCAUUAUCGAAGGAGCGGUGUGUUGCGCUUGCAAAAAAGAAAUUCGAGAUCGAUAUGUGUCAAAGGUUAUUGAUAGGACGUAUCACGCCAGCUGUAUACGAUGCGCAAUUUGUAACUGCGAAAUGGUUGCCUCAUGUUAUGUUCGAGAUGAAAUGCUCUUUUGUCGACUUCAUUUUUUCAAAAAAUUUGGUGCCAAAUGCGCUAACUGCAAUGAAGGAAUUGAGCCAGCUCAUAUUGUACGUAAAGCUGCAGGUCACGUUUAUCACGUCGAGUGUUUUCAAUGUUUCAUUUGCAAGAGAUUGAUGGAAACCGGCGAAGAAUUUUAUCUACUGGCUGAAGAUGGUCGACUGGUGUGCAAAGCUGAUUACGAAAUGGCCAAGGAGAAACAAGCAGAUUCGGAUGGAAACAACAAGCGCCCACGCACAACCAUAUCCGCGAAAAGCCUUGAGACAUUGAAGCAGGCAUACCAGGCAAGCAGCAAACCGGCGCGUCAUAUACGUGAACAGUUGGCCGCCGAAACGGGAUUAGAUAUGAGAGUAGUGCAGGUCUGGUUCCAGAAUCGACGUGCUAAGGAGAAGCGCCUGAAAAAGGAUGCCGGACGGCGUUGGAAAUGCGCCACCAGGACAGAUAGUGACAGCAAUUCUCCUAGCGAAAGCAUCAACGAGCGAAGUCCGAAUUACGUUUACCUUGAUCACAACAUGGACGACAUUUCAGUGGUAGAGCCAAAUUACAUGUACACUUCUAGGGAAGGAUCGCCAGACAAAUAUUAUAUCUCAGAGUCCUCAUCAACUGAUUCAUCUCAACAGCACUUGUCAAUUAGCACAGAUCCAACAACUUCGCUAUCGUUUGAUGUUCAUUCACAAAUCGAUCCGAUUCUCAUCGGACAUUUAAGCACUAGGUACUUAUAA